AUCAUCCGUUUGUUGAGCGUUUCAAUCGUGACCUAAGUAGGACUUCAAGGAAACUACCGUUUGCAUCCAAACAGUUUAUCCAUAACAUGAGUUUGAACAGAAUUGGUCCGAUUGUUUCUCACAGAGUUUUAGUGUCCCUGAUGGGUGGACAUCACAAUGUACGUGGCACGCCAACUGAUUUUAAGAACUGGAGCCAGUCGGUUAGGCUUUAUAUUGGCGAUCGUGAUGCGCAACUUGUUAUAGAUCGUCUCAAAGAAAGAUCCGAGAGCUUACCAGACUUUUACUAUGAGUUUGUUGUUGAGAAAGGGCAAUUGAGAUCGAUUUUUUGGGCAGACAAAAUUUCCAAGAUAAACUACGAGGUGUUUGGGGAUGUGUUAGCUUUUGAUGCGACUUAUCACACUAACAAGUACAACAUGAUUUUUGUUCCUUUCACAGGCGUUGAUAAUCAUAAACAAUGUGUGACAUUCGGUGCUGGCUUGUUAUUCAACGAAACCACUGAGUCUUACAAGUGGUUACUUGAAUCAUUUCUGAAGGCACACAAGAAGCAACCAAAGCUAGUCCUGACGGACCAGGAUCCUUCAAUGAAGGCUGCCAUUUCAGAGGUUUUCACAGACUCUCGGCACCGCCUUUGCAUGUGGCAUAUUAUGAAGAAACUUCCCACCAAGAUUGCUGGAGACCUGUUACAAAACUCUGAGCUAAGAGCAUUGAUGCAUCGUUUGGUGUGGAGUAUUCACAUGAAGCCAUCUACAUUUGAGACGCGUUGGCAACUUUUGAUGGCAGAAUAUGGGUUACAAGAUCACGACUGGUUGAAUGACAUGUACUCAAUUAGGGACCAAUGGGUACCUGCCUACUUCCGCGACAUUCCAAUGUGUUGUCUGAUGAAGACUACAUCAAGAUGUGAAAGCUCUAACUCAAGCUUCAAGGUCAACUCUUCUAGCGCUAACACACUAGUUCAGUUCAUGCUAUGUUACGAAACUAGGAUAGACAAUCAGCGUUACAGGCAACGCGUCGCAGAGUUUAAAACUUCGUCUAGUGUAUUCAUGGACAGUACUGACUUAGUUAUUGAGAAGCAUGCUUUUGAGUUGUAUACACAUGCAAUUUCUACAGAAGUAAGAAAAGAGAUAUACAAGGGGAAGCUGUUUUGUUACAUUGUAAACACGGAGGAUUGCGAUGAUGGUUGUGUUUACUAUGUGAAUCAAUUGGACAAACGUAACAAUGCAACCAACACAUUCACGGUUAUACUUGAGUUGAGUAACCAGUCGGUAUCCUGUUCAUGCAACAACUUCAUCCGUAUUGGAUAUCUGUGUAGGCACAUCUUUUGUGUUUACCGGGUAAACAAUAUUGAAAGAAUCCCGGCCCAGUAUGUUGUUAAGCGUUGGUCUAGGGACGUGCUUCCUAAAAGUUUAUUUUCUAUUGAAAGUCGAUAUGGUGUUGAUACUCGUCCACAAGCUGCUGCGAGAAGUCAGAUUCUGGAGAUCGUAACUGAAUGUGUGGACGCAUUAAGAAGCGAUGUUGGUGGACUUUCCUCUUUCGCUGAGCAGAUAAAGGAACUGAAAUGCAAGUUACUAAAUGGAGGACCAGUUGACGAUGAAGCGAACAAUGAUAACUAUGCUGCUGUUGAAGAAUUGCUUGGUGUUUCCUUAGAAGGGGACGUAACUCUUGACAAUCCAGACGGGAUCAGGAACAAAGGACGCGGCAAACGCCGACGAUUGUCUAGAGCCCCUCAGGAUGGUUCGAGCAACUCUGCUGUCAAACCUCCCAAAACACCCCGGCUUUGCCGAACCUGUAUGAAGUAUGUGACUGGGCAUGAUUCAAGAAAUUGCAAGAAAAAGAGGAACAAGAACAAAUCGGGUAACGAGGACGAGGACUCAAGCUCUGCGAGUCAGGAGUCCACUUGAUUUGGUAUUUUUAUGUUGAUGUGUGUGAUGUGCGUAUUUUGAAAACUUUUGGUUGAUGACGCCAGCUUUUUGGUCUCCAUUUUAGUGGAGGCGCAAGUAAACUUUGAUCAUCCCUUUUGGACAUGCACAUGUUUGCAUGUGUAGAUUACCUGAAAAUCGAUGCACAUGCAUAUGUUUGCAUGUUAGGAUGUAUUUUGCUUUGGUAUGUCGUAUGUUUUUAAGUUUAAUGACUAUGGUUUAACUGAUCAGUUGCAUUUAUGAAAUGAU